UAUAGUCACACACACACAAUGUGUAUUAAUGCCACAAUGUUGAUGGGAAUUUUUGUUAUUCUGAUUGUUACUACAUUGUCACACCAGAUCCAGAUUCCAUUUGUAUCGGGUAAGACCACUGUGUUUACUAUUGACGAAGUGCGCCAAUGUCCGGAUCAAGGAUCUAGAGCUAUAGUUUGGGAGAUGAAAUUAAACCGCCAAUCUCGACAGCAGGUCGUACUUCAAGGCAACAUCACAAUGAAGGUUCCCUUGGACGAUCAAGUAGCAGGAAACAUAGAAGUUUCAGAGAGGGGUAACGGGGGCUGGAUAAAGCAAGGAUUUGUUUUUAAACUUCCCCAUCUAUGCAAGGACCUAAUGUUAGUGCUAAGAUCAGGAUGGAUAAAUUUUUGGGAGAAAGCAGGAAUUUCUCCUCCGAUUACUUGUCCUAUUUCGAAGGGAAACUACUCCUUGAAAGACUUCCCAACGUCAGAAGUUUUCAAGCAUUAUCCAGGAAUGAAACAAGGGACGUUUAAAACAAAUGUGGUUUUUCUCAAAAAGGAUACUCGUUUGGGAUGCUUAGAGUUCAUAGUUCACUCCUAAACAAAUUUAAGUUUUUAUUUCAAUGAAUGUUACUGAUUUUAAAAUAAUU